CGUAGGUGACAGAUGGUGACCGAUGAUUAAAUUUACGAUUAUAUGUUAUAAAAAUAUUGAAAAUAUAAAAAUCAUGGCAUAUGGGUAGAACAAAACUUUAAUUUAUAAGGAACUUGCUCAUGAAGUAGCCCAAUCGCGAAUGUUCCCUGGUAAUUGCACAAAAGUUUGACGAAUUUUUAAAUGGAGUCUGAUCAGAUUAAAUCGCCAUCGCCGCCUCCGCCGAGCGAGCCACCGCCGAGUCUACCGCCUCCCGUGCCGGCACGACCCCAGAAACUCGCUGAGCCGGCAGAAGAAGUCCAUAAGAAUGACUGUGCAAUUGACGACGACGAAAUUUCGCAACACAUGACCCAGUCUUACAGCGAGAUAUCGUUUAAAUCGGGUCUUAGUCCCGAAAACGACAACUCCAUCGAUCUGAACCUCGAUUCAAUCGAAGUGUCUGAGCAUUUCAUAAAGCGGCCCGAAACGUUAUCUUAUGAAGCUGUCAGACCAUUGAAUCUCGAUGGCACAGUUCACAAGGAGGGCAACAUGACGCAUUUCGUCGCAGAGGAUUUAGAAACCAAGAUUAAACUAUCAAGUCCCGUCUCGAAGAAGAACGACACACCGGGCAACUCCAGAAGCGGCACCCCGAGCUCAUUGUACAAACAGAUACUCACCUCUCAAAUGAGCCAGCUCGAUACGACUCUCAUUAACGAUUUAGAAGUGGAAGCUCAAAGGAUGGCUACCUCUGUGGACAGUCUCAUAGAGAACUUGAGCGGUAUUUUACACUCUAUCUCCUCCAUUACCGUGGACAAUGUAGACGUUUACAAAAGUGCCGUGCUGAAAAUGUCAGAUGCGAUGGACUCUAACAUUAAGAGCAUGUAUACUAUGAUGGCGAAAGUCGAGGAGGUCACUCAGCUUAUGAAAAACAUGGAAACUAUGUCUGUUAAACUUAAAGAAAUUAGGAAAUUGGUCGAUUUGUUCGAAAGCUUUUUGUAGGAUUUGAGGUAAUUAGGACCCUUGGAA